GACACUCCAGGCAAUGACUUUGCUCCGCUUUUGGCGUCUGCCCUGACGACUGACCCGUUAGAGGGAGGGGUGCCCGCAAGUACUUCGUCCACAUCCAUCCCGCCUGCCGCAAAGAUGGGCAGGAAACACUUGCUGCAUAGCAUGCCCAAGCGCGGCAUUGAACGCGUCUUUCUGGGCUCCCACGAGAUCAAGACGUGGUACCCGAGCCCAUAUCCGCUCGACGAUGAGAGCGUCGACUCGCCGACCUCCGCUCAUGCGUCGGCGUCGACCUAUGGUGCUGGCGACUCCUCCGUGCUGACCAAGCGAGGUAUCAACAUCCGACGUAAGCGAAAUCCAGAGCAUCCAGGUCAGAUCACGGACGAUGGGCCCAGAAAUACUUCAGGCAAGACUCAGCCGACUCGUGAGGGCAAGGGCUCGGAUAGCAGCACCGACAGCAGCGCUCGACCCACUCCCGUUCCUCCGUCCGACUCCGCUGCUGCCGCGGUGGAUGUCCGCGCCGAGCACGGUCCCAGCACUGUGUCGCAGCCCAUGACGAGCGCAUCCGCAGGCACUGCAGAGCUGACCAGUGUAGCAAGACCACCCGCCAGCGUGCCUCAUCUGCCAGGCGCGCUCUCCGGUCUUCCUGCGUCAAACGGAACGUCCAGCUCGUCUUUGGCCGCCCCGGCAGCCCUGGCGACGCCUUUUGGCUCCACUCUUCAUUCGAGCAGCAUCGAUACCCAGUCAGCCCGUGUUGGCGUGAUCACGACGAACGACGCUCAACAGCAAGCCGUGCAGGCCCAUCCUACGCUCAGCACAGGACGCUCUUUGUGGGUGUGCGACGGAUGUUUCAAGUAUGCCCGAACGCACACUGGCUAUCGGGUACACAAGAAAGAGUGCACGCAUACACAUCCACCCGGACGCAAAGUAUAUCAACGAGGAGCUCACAUUAUCUGGGAAGUCGACGGUGCAGUGCAAAAGCUCUACGCCCAAAAUUUGUCAUUGCUGGGCAAACUCUUUAUCGAUCACAAAGCCAUCUGCUUCGACGUGGAGAACUUCCUCUUUUACGUCCUCACAGAUGCCAGCGCGCAGUUUGAUCAUCCUAUUGGAUUCUUCUCAAAGAAGCUCUCUUAUGACGACUAUAAUCUUGCGUGCAUCAUCACCUUCCCACCAUUCCAAAAGCGAAGCUUUGGAACAUUGAUGAUCGAGUUCAGUUACUAUCUCUCUGCACACGAUGCAGUGGCAGGUACCCCCGAGCGACCAUUGUCGUCACUAGGAUUCAGAGGCUAUCUGGCUUUCUGGUGCUCUGUCGUCUUGCGCGCGUUGGCCCUCGCCUUCGAUGAUACAACUGCAGACAUUUCUUCUCGACUCUUGGCGCCUCCUCCUAGUGCUAGCUCGCCUCAGAAGGUAGGCUCAGGACCUUCUCGGGCUUACUCAGCUGCUCUGAGGGCCAGGCAGGUGCGAGAGUGCUCUCGCAUCCGCAGAGCUUUGCUUGGUCUACCCGAGCCCAAGUCCCACGCAGGAAAUGCUUUGAUAAGCACUGGCGAUGCUGAAGAGGAUGAAAUGCAAAGGAAGUGGCUUUUGAGGAUCAGCAAAGGCUUUGGAGCUGCACCGAAAGCGCUGCCUGUGUUGAAUGCAGGAAGCCAGAAACGAGGUCCAGGUCGAAGGUCUAGCGUUCGAAGCGCCUCUGCUUCAGUGAAUGUACCUCCUCGUGGCGCUAAUUCGCCAGAGCCUGCUCGGUCUGUUGGCGGAGUUAAGACGGAGGAAGACGCGAGUGAGACUGCAACUUCAGCUCACCUGGACGAGCCUACUCCAUCUACAAGGGGCUCACGCUCUCAUGCUGCGAAGCAGGAGCAGACAGAGUCGAUGGAAGAAGACGAGCGCAUUGAGGCGGUCAUAGCGGCACACCCAGCACUGCAGAUCCGAGCUGACGUGGAGGGAACGGGCAGCGGAGACGUCGCGCUCGUCACCACCCUCGAAAGGCUUGCUUCUGCGACUCGUCUCAGAGUCGAUGACGUCUCAUUCGCUCUGGCAGAAUGUGGACUGCUAAGAUUCAGAGUAGCGACGCCUGAAGUUGUCGCUCUGAAGCCCUUUGGUAUCGAUGCAGAGCACCCUGCUGAACCGCAAAUCAGGACCGCAAGCGUCAAGCUAGAACACGCUCAUGGUGCGGAGGGCAACGACCCAGCUCAGGCGUCUCAUUCCAUUCCCUUUGAUGCGGCGGCAAUUGCACGGCUCGACGCGCAUAACUCGACGAGCGGUCAGAAGUCGGAUCGAGCCAGCCUGAACGCUCAAAAGUUGGGGCAGCCGACGCCGCUGUUGGAGCCAGCGCUCCUCUUGACUAGACAAAUGGUGCGCGAAGCGAUCAAAGCUCGCAACGUCAAGCGGCCGGUAUUGGAUGAGAUCUAUGUACUUGUUUGAGACCUUCAGCAUGCCACACUGCAUUCGCCCAGCAUUUUCCCCGUGGCGCUCAAUGUCCAUUACAUUGCGACGUGAAGGCCAGAGGAACCAGCCUGCAUCUCAUUGCUUCGAGACAGAUGUAAA